UGUUGUUGAAAAAUCUUGUUCAAACUGUCAUUAUCUUUAUUUUCACUGAAUCAUCAAUCAAUUCUGGUUGUUCUUGAUUGGAUUGAGCCCUCGUGAUUUAUCCUAAGCCUUCUCAAUUGAAAAAAGCAUUUAACUUGUUUAAUCUGACAUCUGUUGGUAAAUCUAUCCUAUUUACUUCUGUUUUACGCUAUGUUUACGUGAUUCCGUUCAACCUGUGCAAAAUUUGGAAAAUUUAAAUUGUUUGCUGAUUAUUGAAUUUCAUUUAUUCAUCGUUGGGUAAUUUUUUGUUAUUUGCUGUCUCUUUCAUGUACAAUUCAGGAUGUGAAUGACUUUGAUUGUAAAAUGGAUAUACAUUGAUAGAUGAACCUUUGUGCCUUAUUGAUGUAGACGAGAUUCAAAUACGAGCAAAUCUUGAGCUUAGUUUGUUCAUUAAUCUUUUUAACAAUUGUUCUGGAGUUCUACGUUCAAAUAUCUGUAUGCUCUUCUCUGAUUGGCUGAUUGGCCACCAAACCGUUGGAAUACAUUUCAAGUGUCUCGAGCUCAAAUCUGGUUUAAACUUUAAAGAUAGAUCAAUUGGUGUAUAUGUUUUUAUGUGUUUACUCUGUGAAUCGACUGCUGCGAACUUACAAUCAUGAUUGAAAGCUUGGUUAAUUGCAUCCGACAAGGAAAAUUAGAUGCCAUUUCUGGUUUUAUCAAACGUUUGAAAAACAUCAACAUUGUUUUAAUUAAAGAAGAUGACUGCAAUUUGAAUCUCCUUCAUAUUGCUGCUGGUAUCGACUCAGUCUUUCGAGAUGAUGUUGUUAAUUUAAUUGUGAAAUCAAAAGAACUUGACAUAAACAAACCUAGUGGACCAGGAAAUGAUUGUUGGACCGCAGCUCAUAUAACUGCUAUCAAAGGCUACUCUACAACUCUAAAGUGUUUACUAGAUCACGGAGCCGAUCCAUAUUUACUAGACAUUGACUGUAACACUGUUUGGGAUGUUGCAUCAGCUAACAACAACCACAGCUGUAUUCGCGUUCUAGAAAAUGCAGUUAAUUCGCCACCUUCUCCAUUAAUUGAUGACUCCAUUUACUUUUCUAUGAGCUCUCUAGGAUUGAUAGACCUGGACCAGACCAUCAAAUUAAGUGACCAAUCCUCAGUGGUCCAAGUCACAUCUCAAGAGCUCCAACUUCGUAGAAAAAAUACAGAUAAAUUGCCACAGAAGGCUCCUAAAUUGAAAUCAACUAGAUCACCACCCAGAAGACCGACAGCAGAUGCAUCAUACAGUUUAGUGACAGAUAAAUCAAAUGACACAGUAAUUUACACUGAUCCAGACUUUAAUGUUACUUUAGUUGGGGUCAAAGAUACAACUUUAAUCUCUAAUGACUCCAGCUCUACUUUAGAUAAUACAACGCUGAGCCCGCUUGAUUCAAAUUUGAAGAAAUUGACCGAUUCAGAGAUAUACCAGCAACUUCAGCGUUUUGGUGAAAGCCCUGGACCAGUCAACAAAUUCACUCGGGAUCUUUACUUAAGAAAAUUAGGAAAAAUUAUAUCAAAUAGAGUACAGGUUAAAACACCGAUCAAAUCAUCGAUUAAAUCACCGAUCAAAUCACCACUUAAAUCAUCAGUAAACAAGACACAAACGCUUUCUUCUUAUCCACAAGAAAUCAACAACAUAGUCUCGUGGAAGUUUGAUUUUGUCGAAGCCAAAGAAAUAGAUAAAGAAUUUAUGGACAUCUUUUCAGAAGCAAAAGGUCCUCGAGAUUUUUUCAAUUACCUGCUGUUAGAUCCAAGAAAAACAUGUAAUCUAUCUCAAGCAGCAUCCGAAGCACAAGAUAAGAAAACGGAAGUCAGUCUUUUUGUUAAAUUUAUAAAAGCAAUUUUCUACAUUGGUAAAGGUAAAAAUAAUCGACCUUACAUGCAUCUUUACGAAGCUGCUUUACCAUUAAAUAAGCGAAAACCAAUUAGCGCUAAAGUUAAAAGGAUAAUUGAAAUCUGGGAUCAGGAUUAUGGAGUAAUUUCUCUUCAUUUUCCCAACGGAAUGACUUCUGAAGAAGCUUUUGCUCGUGAAUCAUUAAUGAUUAAUGCCAUUGAUCUUGAUAAUUUAACCAAUAUCAGAUUGGGUCAAAAUAAGGUGCAUUCUGGUUAUUUGACUGACGCCAAGAAAAAGGUUCUUGGUGCAUACUGCCUUUGGAAGGCUUAUAAAAAUCUUAUUCUCAAUGGUGAACGGCAAAUCAAGCGUUUUAAUAUUACUCGUUAAAUUAUUAUUCAACGAUUAUCUAAUAUGAUAAUUUUAUGAUUUUAUCUUUUAUAAUUUUUCACCAUCAUUUUCAAAUAAUUUGUUUAAUCACAUUGUUUAUAUAUCAUCUCCCUCAUUUGCUUUUAUUUUUCAUCAAGAAAGGUUCUUUUAUAAAUAAAUAUAAGAGGCGAAAUGAAAUAAAAGUGAUCUUAUUUGAAGUCAACAGGUUAUGGCUUGAAAAAGAAAGAGAGAGAGAGAGUUAAGAAUAAAGUUCCGAAGAAUGAAUCGAAAAAUUGAAAAGUAAAU